AUGUCGUCGGUGGACGAUGAAGAUGGAGAACCGCUCAGCCCGAUGGCGCGUGUGCUCCAAUUGCCGGGCAACGACUGCUGCGUCAUCACCAUGAUCGGUUGCAAAAAUAAGAUCGAUGCUGAUGUCAUUCUAAGUGGCUUGAACAAGAAUGUUUCCAAGCAUCCUCGCUUCUCUACCAAAUUGUCUAAUGAUGGUUCAAGUUGGAUUAAGACCCAAGUCAACAUAGAAGACCAUGUGUUUGUAGUAGAUACAGACUUAAAGGAGAUUGGAGAAGAUGGAGAAAGUUUUGUUGAAGACUACGUUUCACGUCUAACGAUGCUUCCUCUUGAUAAAUCAAGACCUUUAUGGGACAUGCAUAUCGUCAACAUCAAAACAUCUGAUGCAGAAGCGGUUUGUGUAAUAAGAUCACACCAUUCAUUAGGAGACGGAACAUCUCUAAUGUCUCUCCUAGUCGCAUGUACUCGGAAAACAUCACACCAUGACACAAUUUCUUCUACUGUUCCUGUUCUUAAACGGCGUAAAACGGUGCAUAAAGACAAAAUCCCAUGGCUCUUAAGAUCGGUACUAACGGUUUUUCUAUCAGUGAAAUUGAUUUGGAACACUUUUGUGGAUCUUUUGCUAGUCUUGGCAAUUGCUCUGUUCUUGAAAGAUACAAAGACGCCUCUUAAAGGCGAUGUUGGUGUCGAAAAUAAUAAUCAAAGGAAAUUUAGUCACCGUAUUGUCUCAUUGGAAGACAUAAAACUUAUAAAGGAAGUAAUGAACAUGACUAUCAACGAUGUUCUACUUGGAGUUACACAAGCUGCUCUUUCGCGCUAUCUUAGCAAUUUUCCUGGAAGAAUACGACUUACGGCAGGUGUUUUAGUAAACUUAAGGUCAGACAUUGGAAUUCAGCCAUUGGUAGAUAUGAUGGCCAAGGAUUCUAAAUGCAGAUGGGGAAACUACUUCAGCUCUAUUUAUCUUCCGCUAUCUAUUGGUUUAGAGACUGAUCCAUUGGUGUAUCUAACAAAGGCUAAAUCAAAUAUGGAUCGGAAAAAACACUCACUUGUAGCUGCUUUGGUAUAUUCAAGUUCAAAACUCGUCUACAAUACCUUCUUCGGAGACAAGGUAAGUGCGAUAUUAGCCAAACGACUUUUUGCGAACACGACGACACUCAUUUCAAACAUUAUUGGUCCCGUGGAAGAAAUCAAUUUCCAAGGCAACCCCAUUGCUUACAUCGCUCCAAGUGCCUAUGGACACUCUCAUGCAUUAACAAUACAUUUCCUAAGUUAUGCGGAAAAGAUGGUAAUCUCGAUAGGUGUCGAUCCUACGGCCGUGCCAAAUCCUCACAAGCUUUGUGAUGAAAUGGAGGACACUCUGAAAGCUAUGAAAGCCACUCUCCUAGAGAGAGGGUUACUCUAA